AUGUCUUCCGCAGAGAAUUUAGACUUAGGGGCCGCACGCCCGGAGAAAUUACCACCUGAGAUAUUUCCACCGGACGAGGAAACAACACUCCUGUCCGAAUCAAACACCGAGAAAGCGUCCGCGAACAAAACAUUUGCUUCUGGCGAAUACAACAGCGCCAUACAAGGCUACGAGAAGGCUCUCGCAGUCUGCCCGACCUACCUCGAAUACGACAUCGCCGUCCUCCACUCCAACAUCGCAGCGUGUCACCUGAAGCUCACCGAAUGGAAGGAAGCCGUAGCCUCCGCGACCAGAGCACUAGACUCACUUGACCGCCUUGACCCCUCAAUCUCCAAGGACACAAGUAAAGGCAGCAUAGCCGAAGUCGACGAUACAACAGAAACCCUCCUCUCCGCCCUCACACGCACGAACCAUACAAUCCACAAUGUACACCAACUACGAACCAAAGCCCUUCUUCGCCGCGCAAAAGCCCGCCAUUUACUCGGCGGUUGGGCCUCCCUCCAGGGGGCUUACGAAGACUAUACUGCGCUUUCUGACCCCCGGCACCAGCUUUCCGGGCUCGAUCAGCAAGCCGUGCAGGCUGCGUUGCGUAUAUUGCCCAGGCAGUUGGAAAACGCAAAGAAUGCGGAGAUGGCGGAGAUGAUGGGGAAAUUGAAACAGUUGGGCAAUGGCAUUCUGAAACCGUUUGGACUUAGUACAGACCACUUUCAAUUCACCAAAGACGAGGGCAGUGGGGGUUACAGUAUGAAUUUCAAUCAAGAACCCGGGCAGAAGUAG